UAUUUAUUCACAAAAUGCAAAAUGAAGUACAAUCGUGUAGUACAUCUCGCAAUGUUUUUUUCCGCUUUGUUUGAAAAAGCACAUGGAUAUUUUGGAUAUGUUCAAACUCUGUGUCGAGUAAGCUCCAUAGAAAAAACUGAGUUUAUCUACUCAGUCACCUACAACAAGAUUGAAUAUGUUAGAUUUAACAGUACUGAGGAUAAGGCUGUUGGUUACACUGCAUUUGGAGAGAAAUGGGCUGAAGAAUACAAUAAAAACAAGAUUUUACUAGCACAGGCAGAAUUUGGCAUUAAAAACUGCAAAGAAGCUGCACAGAUCAUUGUCCCUUAUGCAGGGAUGACAGUUAAACCAGAAGUCAUUAUCCGGUCAGCCAGGGAAGCUAAAGGGGAGGAGAAAGCUGUUCUGGUGUGCAGUGCCUAUGACUUCUAUCCCAAACCCAUCAAACUGACGUGGUUAAGAGAUGAUACAGAGGUGACGGCUGAUGUGACGUCUACUGAGGAGCUGGCUGAUGGAGACUGGUACUAUCAGAUCCACUCCCAUCUGGAAUACUUCCCUACACCUGGAGAGAAAGUCUCCUGUGUGGUGGAGCACGCCAGCUCCAACAGACCCAUGAUCUAUGACUGGGAUCCUCCUCUGUCAGAGUCUGAAAGGCCUAAGAUCAUUCUUGGGGCUGUGGGGCUGCUGAUGGGGGUUUUUAUGGCAGCUGGAGGACAGAUCUACUAUAAAAGAAAACAAACAGGCUUUUACAGACUUCCAGCCUGCUUAAUUCCACUUCAGACACCGAACGACACUGAACAGCAGUAGGUGUAACAUCUGAGUGUGCAACAUCCCUUCAUGGGAACCAUGUGUAACAAUAAUCAGACAUCAGGUCCCUAUAUGUCUCAUUGCCUGAUUGUCCAAAUCUGAUUUAAUAUGUCUCUUCAGUUUGUCUAUUUAAGAAUAAAAGCUAUUCUAUGCUUUAUAUAGUCACAGUUACAUUUCUUAUGGUUUUUGGGCUUCUGUAUUACAAUUUUCAUUUCAAGUGUUGUUUUUUUCUCCUUAAUAGUAUGGAGCCCUUAAACGUUUGCAUACAUGCAACAAAAACUUUAGUGCAAGCAUCCAUAAAGAACUUCAAUGAGAAACGUUUGGUUGCAAAAAAAAAAA